CACGCAUGAAAUCCAUCUCUAGUCCCAACAUUCUUGCUGAGCGACGAAAUUUAACAAACAAUCCUUACCCUCCAUUGAAAUCUGAUUUAUCAUCAGUAUCAAAUCCUACUUUGACAAUUCCAAAAGGAAGACAAGGGCCAGGAAAAACAUGCCCAUCUUUUGUUGUUUUAUUAUAA